CUCUGAAUAUGAAUUGACAAAUAAACUGUUCUGAUGCUUAUAUGGUUAUAAUAUUUUAAAACAAAUAUGAAGUGUUUACUAAUCAAUCUUAUUUUUUUUGUGAUUUUUGUUAAUUCAGAUACAGGUAAACCAUUGUCUCUACCACAAUUACCAUAUGGCGUAUAUCGAUAUAAUAUCAAAGGAAUAUUACGUUGUCAUCCUCCUGGGAUAAAUAAUAAAAUAUUAUAUGAAUUAUACCUAAGCAAAAAAUCUGCCAAUACCGCAGAAUUCAAAGGAAACAUAACCAAUUUAGUACCAUUUGAUGAUUCUUUUGAUAUAGAUUUUAAUUUGGCGGUAAAAGAUUCUAUUGGAGGUUGGAAAGAAAAUGCUUUUUUAUAUAAGUCUCACAAAGCUUGUUCAACCCUAAGAAAUUUUUUGGGGCCUGCUUGGACUCAAUUAAUGGAUACUGCAGGAUACCCAAAUAUGACAUGCCCUAUUCCCAAGGGUUAUUAUAAAGUACUUGGCAUAGAUAGUAAUAUUUUUAUGAAUUCCAAUUUUCCCAAAUCGUUUUUUUAUGGAACAUACAAAUUUCGUGUAAUGUAUACUAAAAACAAUGAAGUUUAUACUUGCUUUAUCUUUGUGGUAGAAGUGAAGCGGACUUGGGAAACUGAAUAAACACUUAAUUUUAAUACAACACUAAAUAUUAUAUUAAUUAAUAUUCUUUAUGUUCAUGCAUCAUAAAAAUAUUCAAAUACAUAUUUAAAAACAUUAAAUUUAUUAUUUUGUUACACUAUAAAUAUAUCAUAUUUUUUCGUUUUUAAUACUAUACUAAUUACAAUUUAUUUAUGAAGUUUUUUAUAUUAUAUUAUUUUAUUGUACGGAAUUAAAAUUAUAUUGUACCUACAAAUAUUAUAUUUGUUUUAUAUUUG